AUGGCCAUCAUUGCCGUCAUGACCUUGAUAAUGAUAAGGAUCGUUAGAGUUGUUGUCAUUGCCGUCGUCAUUGUGACCGUCAACAUGGUCGUCAUCACCAUUAUUUGGGUCAUCAGCGUGGUGGUUGUCGUGGAGGUUGUCAUCAGGAGCGUUGGGGUGAUCGUCACUAUCGUUGUUAUCGUUGUUAUCGUCGCUUUCGUCGGUCCCCUCGUCUUGCGCACGCCAAAAGAUGAACCCUUGGACCAAAAACAACCUCUUGAGGCGAUCGCGCGUCUGUGCGAUGAGGGAGGCGACUCCAGACUCCCACACAAGGCCCUCAAGAAGCUGCCAAUUCUGGACGUCUUCAGCAGCACGGGACACAGCAUUGGAAAGGUACAUGAGCAAGUUCCAAUCCUUUGCAUAGUCUGGCGAGUACUUGGGGACCCCUUCAUGGGCAGUGAGAUUGGCCAAGAAGUGGUAGUCAACAAGGACUUUGUCACUGCUCCUCAGCGUGAUCAAAUAGGAGCGUGUUGUACUACAGAGAUCCACCAUGAAGCGCUGUGCCCGUCCUGCUUCCCUUUGCCAGCGCACAUUCCUCUCAUGUCCGCAGGCAAAGAUGUCAGUGCCUAG